GGCUGUUCGGAAAAAAGGCCCGAUGUUCCUUGCGUCUUGCGCAGCCGUUGGGUCUAGUGCUUGACUCGGCGCAACCUGUUGACUCGCGCGACAUGGAUCCACCCUCCUUGGCGCAGACCUACAUGCGAGGUCCGCUGGUUGUCCAGAGUCACGGAACGCCUCUGAGCAAGGAGGAGCUGGCGGCCUGCAAACAGGAGUUGGAGGCAAUCAAGAAGGAGUUCGGUCUGGUUGAGCCAGACCGAGCUUUUAUGGACGAAAAGGAUGUGGAGUGGAGGUUCGGGGGUCCUCCGGACUACACCAUUGCCAACCUCUUCUUCCUGAAGGGCAAGACCAAGAACCACGGGGCGGGCUCUUUGGAGAUGAUCGUGGAGAACCUGGUGAAGACGUGGGAGAUGGAACGGUCACACAAGCUGGACCCCAACAAGCACAUGAGCGUCGAUCCGCAGAGGUUCCACAUCAGUGCCAAUGGCGGGGCGAAGUUUGACAACGACGGGGCCAACAAGAUUGGGAACUACAACGUGCUCCUCCAAUCGGUGGCCCCGGAGCUCUACGACGUGGAUCGCAUCAACUGGGAGCAGAGCCACGAGAAGUUCCACAGCGCCUUCGCCGCCUUCCCCUGGGAGCUGCUGGAGGUCUUUUCGCCGCCCCCGCGCGUGUCUUUCUCAUGGCGGCACUGGGGGCACAUGACGGGCAGCUACGAAGGUCAGACACCUUGCGAUCAGAGAGGUCAUCGAAGGCCGCGAGGGCCACGGCGAGCUCAUCGAGAUGUAUGGCUUCUGCGUGGCGGAGGUGAACGACAAGCUCCAGCUCAUUGAUGUGGACGUCUACUACAAGCCGGACUUGUUCAUAGAGGCCAUGCGCGGCAAGAAGCCCGGCAGCUGCUGCCGCAAGGGCGCCGAUAUCCUGGGCGCAGGCGCGCCCGAGCACUGCCCCUUCAUCGAGAAGAUGAAGCGUGUCGGCUUCAAGUCCGCCUGUCCAGUGCGCCGUGCAAUGCAGGAGCGCGUCACCUUGUAACGAGAUUUCAGGAAAUCUCCAGCUGGAUGUCCGGUGUCCUCUGUCUGAGCCGAAAAACACAACGC